CAGUUAACAUCCCUCAGCUGACAGUUUCUGGCUGUGUUGCUUGUGGUAAAAAGGGGGAAGACCCCCCCCUUGGCAGCUCUAAAGUACACAGUGUGGGUCCCCUCCCGUGUGAUGUCCCUAGAACUGGAAGUUUGAACCUUUGACCACCUUUGUGAUUGCUGCGUCCUCACCUCCCCUGGAAGCCCACUUCCCGGUGCGGUCCCACCGGGUCAGGGCUUCAAUGCAGGAGCCUGGGGGAUGCAGUUCAGGCCAUCGCAGCUGGUAGGGAAGAGAUCAGGUGGCUUCUGGGUAGGCUUCCUGAGGUGUCUGCUGUGGGAUGUAGGGUUUGGUGUGUGCCUGGGGCAGACCGGUCCUAAGGUGAUGGCGUGAUGGUAGCUCAUAUUUCUGAGCAUCUGCUCUGUGCCCAUUUUCUGUUCUCAACCCCAAAUGAAUCCGCGGGAGGUGCCCACAGUCACCGCCAGGGACGGCCAGGCAGGAUCCAUGCCCAGCCCAUCCAGGAGGGGAGUGUAGUCACCCCCAGUGCCUGUCAUGUCCUGCACCUUCUCAGGCAGCCCUCCCCUAGGACCCUCAGGGCUGGCAGGUGGCGUCUGACAGGGUGCCGCUGUGCCCUGGGCUCCCCGGCCCCCAUGGAGGUCCUGUGCCCCCAGCCUGUGAAGCAGGAGGGCCUGGCCGCUGAGGGCCUGACCCUGGACUCGCCAUGGCACCGCUUUCGGCACUUCCACCUGGGUGAUGCGCCGGGACCCCGCGAGGCACUGGGCCGGCUGCGUGCCCUGUGCCGGGACUGGCUGCGGCCCGAGGUGCACACCAAGGAGCAGAUGCUGGAGCUGCUGGUGCUGGAGCAGUUCCUGGGCGCGCUGCCCCCUGACACCCAGGCCUGGGUGUGCAGCCGGCGGCCCCAGAGCGGGGAGGAGGCCGUGGCCCUGCUGGAGGAGCUCUGGGGAUCGGCAAUGAGGGUGCCUCGUGAUGGGGCAGAAGGUCCUGGGGUCGGCGCUGGAGAGGAGGGCGAAGGGUUGAUGCCCAUAGGAGAUGCGGCCCCCGGGGCUGAGGUGCCGGCCGCAGCGGACCAGGCCGCGCGCCCCUACAAGCAGGAGCCCGGCAGCCCCCCGCCCGCGCCGUCCGCCUUCCUGGCGGCCCCGGGCGCCGCGUCCUGCCCCGAGUGCGGCCAGGCCGCCCUGAAGCCGGCGCACCCGCUGCGCCACCGGCAGAGCCACUCGGGCGAGAAGCCGCACGCCUGCCCCGAGUGCGGCAAGGCCUUCCGGCGCAAGGAGCACCUGCGGCGCCACCGCGGCACGCACCCCGGGGGCCUCGGGCCGGCCCUGCGCCCGCUGCCCGCCCGCGAGAAGCCGCACGCCUGCUGCGAGUGCGGCAAGACCUUCUACUGGCGCGAGCACCUGGUGCGCCACCGCAAGACACACUCGGGCGCGCGGCCCUUCGCCUGCUGGCAGUGCGGCAAGGGCUUUGGGCGCCGCGAGCACGUGCUGCGCCACCAGCGCACCCACGGCCGGGCGGCGGGCGGCACAGGCGGCGCGGCCUCGGGCACGGCGGGCGGCAGCCCCUUCCCACCCUGGCCGCUGGGGUAGCCGCGCGCCCCGGGCGCCCCCGCCCGCCCGCCCUGCGCCGCCUCGCGCCGCCUCGCGGCUCUGUCCCCCAGACCCACCACCCACCUUCGGGCCCUGCCCUUGUCUGAACUUGCUGAAGCUGUUUGGCUCCCACCUGUGACCCCCCAGUGCCUGCCCUGCCCCCCACCCGCCUCUUUCUCCUCACAGAGGCGGGCGGGGGUGUCGCCAGGCCGGCUGGAGCUCGGAAGAGGCGCCGGCAGGAGCUGCAGGCACCCCCGCUCCUGAGGAGACUGAAGGAAGGGGACUGGAUCUUGCCCCUAGGAGACCUGGACGGACUGGGGGUGGGCAGGUUGACAGUCCUGACAGGGUGGACUCGGGGACCUGGCACCGGGCUCCUUGGCCUCGCAUCUCUCUGCGACCCGGGAAGGCAUGAGAUGGCCAGAGAUGCCUGUUUGUGGGAAGCGGAGUGGAGACAAUUCACCAGCAUCUGGAGAGUAAUAAAGUCACUGAUGAGGUGUGCGGA